AUGAGCACAGGGGCCGUGGAAGAUAGGAAUACCAGUGACAUGAGCACAUCCUGGAUGAUUGAAGAGUCUCCCGAUGCCGAUUGUUACGCCGAAAAUGAUGCGUUUUUGCAGACCCUGGCUUACUGCAUCUACCUCCAUUGCCAUACAGAGGCGAAUUCUACGUUGCAGAGAUACUGGGAAAUGAACGUUGCUGGCAGUGAUGCAGUCCAACCAUCUCCGAAGGAGUCAUACCAGCAAGCGCUUUGGAGUAUCGGGUUUACACCGAAUGCCACCGUCAAAUCUACCGAGGCCUUGAAAUCGGUAUCUCUUGUAUCCGAUACGACCUACGCGCUAGAAUAUAACACUCUGACUAUUUUUGAGCGCGUUGAAACAUCACACGAGCAAUAUGGACUAGUUCUUAUUUUGACCAGCGCAAUCAUCCCUAUUGCACUCUCAAUGACAAGGUUUAUCCCAUUUCCUGCGACAUGGGAAGCGAAAUUUCAAGCACGUUUCAUUCACCCUCCACUCAUCGGCAAUCGACAUAAUGUGCCAUUUUUCAAGACUUUUGUCAUGCCUACGCGGGGUCAAGCACUGUUAAUUGCUUAUUUUAUUAUCAUUAACAUCAUACUUUGCGCUGUUGGCUAUGAAUCCGCCCACCCAAGCUCUUGGUACGGCUCGGAAACGAUCGAAAUAGCUACGUAUGUGAGCAACCGCGCUGGAGUUCUCAGCUUUGCAAAUAUCCCUCUCUUAUUCCUUUACUCAGGUCGCAACAAUGUUCUGCUCUGGUUGACCAACUGGUCUCACUCCACUUUUCUUCUUCUUCAUCGAUGGGUUGCAGCAAUCUGCACUUUGGAGGCAUGUCUGCACUCCGCCAUCUAUCUUCAACUUUACAGCGCAGAUGGCACACAUUCAAAUGAAAGCAAGCUCCCAUAUUGGUACUGGGGAAUCAUUGCAACACUCGCCAUGGUGAUCUUGUUUCCAGGAUCGGCACUGCAAAUUCGAAGAAGAUGCUAUGAGCUAUUUUUGGCAUGGCAUAUUUUCUUCUCUCUUUUGGCUUUGAUCGGCUGCUACCUGCACAUCAUUUACAGAUACGCUCAUCAAUGGGGCUAUGAGAACUGGAUAUACAUUGCAUUUGCCAUAUGGGCCUUUGAGCGUGGGUUCCGAAUCUUGCGAAUCAUUCGAAACGGUAUUCUAGAAGCACAUGUUUCUGUCAUUGACGAUGAAUACAUCAAGCUGGAGGUUCCAGACACUACAGCCGUUGGGCAUGUUUACUUGUACUUUCCCACUUUGACUUGGCGCAUUUGGGAGAACCAUCCUUUCUCUGUCAUGGCUGAUUUUCAGCAAAUUGGGGACACCAGGACCUUGAAAACGUCACGGGAUUGCUUGGUUGAAGGGAAAGACGAAACAGCCAAAAUCAAUAUCACAGCAACUGGGGAUGACUUAGAGCCAGAGGCAAUACAUGCGUCAAAGCAAGAUAGUCUACAUUGUCAGUCCAAGCUCCUCAUCUACAUCCGAACUGAGGCAGGCAUCACUCGACAUCUCCGAGGAAAGUCAUACCUGCCGGUCCUUGUGGAGUCUACAUACCAUCCAACUUCGAUUUCGGGCAAAGAAAUUACCCAGGCACCGAAUAUUAUCGCAAUCGCCGGCGGAGUUGGUGUUACUGCUAUCACGCCCAUUUUGUUGGGUCAUCGGGGAUAUCACAAACUGCUAUGGGCAGUCAGAAGCAAGGCACUGAGUGAUUCCGUAUCAGAAUCGCUUGGGGAUUCCAGAUUCGAACAGUUAAAUGCCAUGGUCUUUCAUGGUCAGCGUAUGGAUGUGUCCCGGUUGCUGGAAGACGAGGUGGCUAGAUUUAUGGGGCACGAGCUCACUGUUGUUGUGAGCGGCCCACCAAGAAUGGCGGAUGAAGUCCGCGUUGUCGUUGCCAGACUAGCUAAAAGCAACCCAUCCGUGGCGCUGACGUUUGUUGAGGAGUCUUUCAGUUGGUAA